GGCGGCACGCAGCCGGCCGCCGAGCCAGGCAGCGGCAGGCAGCGGGCGGCUGAGAUGUGCCCGGAGGAGGACGGCGGCUGCGGAGGAGGAGGAGGAGGAGGCGGCGGCGGCGGCGGUGUGGCCGGUACCGGCGGCUCGGAGGCGGCGGUGGCGCUGGACGAGCUCCGCUCGUGGUGGGAAGUGCCGGCCAUCGCGCACUUCUGCUCGCUCUUCCGCACCGCCUUCCGCCUGCCCGACUUCGAGAUAGAGGAACUGGAAGCUGCUCUUCACAGGGAUGAUGUGGAGUUUAUCAGCGACCUGAUCGCCUGCCUUCUUCAAGGUUGCUAUCAGCGCAGGGACAUCACAUCCCAGACGUUUCACAGCUACCUGGAGGACAUCAUCAACUACCGCUGGGAGCUGGAGGAAGGGAAACCCAACCCGCUGCGGGAGUCCACCUUCCAGGAGCUGCCCCUGCGCACCCGGGUCGAGAUCCUGCACCGCCUCUGCGACUACCGGCUCGAUGCAGAUGAUGUCUUCGACCUCCUCAAGGGCUUGGACGCCGACAGCCUCCGUGUGGAGCCGCUGGGCGAGGACAGCAGCGGUGCCCUGUACUGGUACUUCUACGGCACACGGAUGUACAAAGAGGACCCGGUGCAGGCGAAAACCAACGGAGAGCUGGCUCCAGACAGGGGGUGUGGGGGGCAGACAAACACCCCAAAUGUUCCUGGGAAAACAGGCAAGAGACGAGGGCGACCCCCUAAGCGGAAAAAACUACUGGAGGAAAAUUUGCUGAGGGAGAAGGCAGAAGAGAACAUGCUAAUCCGUGAGACUCAGAUAAGAAAUGGGUCCCAAGGGCCAGGCCGUGGGACAUGGUGGCUGCUGUGUCAGACGGAAGAGGAGUGGAGGCAGGUCACAGAGAGCUUCAGAGAGAGGACUUCCCUUAGAGAGCGGCAGCUCUACAAACUCUUGAGUGAAGACUUCCUGCCGGAGAUCUGCAACAUGAUUGCACAGAAGGAGAAGCGUCUGCAGCGGACAGAGUUUUCUCCCAGGUGGAUGUCUGACCAUCAGCCCAUCAAACCAAUCAAGCAGGAGGUAAACCCGAAUGUGCUCAGUUCGAUGGAGAAGCAGAGGCGCAGGGAGGAAGAGGAGGAGCGCCAAAUCCUUAUAGCAGUGCAGAAGAGGGAGCAGGAGCAGCUGCUAAAGGAGGAGAGAAAAAGAGAGAUGGAGGAGAAGGUCAAAGCAGUGGAAGAGCGAGCCAGGAGGAGGAAGCUUCGUGAAGAGCGGGCCUGGCUGCUGGCACAGGGGAAGGAGCUGCCCCCUGAGCUUUCCCACUUGGAUCCCAGUUCCCCUACCAGGGAAGAGCGAAGGACCAAGGAUCUCUUUGAACUGGAUGAUGAGUUCACAGCCAUGUACAAAGUUCUAGAUGUGGUAAAGGCUCACAAGGACUCUUGGCCCUUCUUGGAACCUGUUGAUGAAUCGUAUGCUCCUAACUACUACCAGAUCAUUAAGGCCCCCAUGGACAUCUCUAGCAUGGAGAAGAAGUUGAAUGGAGGUCAGUACUGCACCAAGGAAGAAUUUGUGGGCGAUAUGAAGACCAUGUUCAGGAACUGUCUUAAGUACAAUGGUGAAGGCAGUGAAUAUACCAAGAUGGCUUACAACUUGGAGAGGUGUUUCCACCGAGCAAUGAUGAAGCACUUCCCUGGGGAAGAUGGAGACACAGAUGAGGAGUUUUGGAUCAGAGAAGACGGGAGGCGGGAGAAGAGGAGCCGGCGGGCUGGUCGCUCCAGUGCUGGCAGUGUUUGGACUCGGUCACGAGACCCAGAGGGAACAGGCAAGAGGCAGCAGCGCCUGGAAAAUGGAGGGAAACCUCCACCAUAUCGAGCUACUUCGAGGGCUCCCGCUUCCUCCUCCUCUUCCUCCUCCUCCUCCUUCUCCUCGUCCUCUGCAGAGGAUCCAAGUGGCAACCCCAUGCAGCCGCCUCGAGAAGUGGGCCCUUCCAAUGGGCGAGGUUUCCCCCGCUCGCUGCAGUACAGCAGCAUGCCCAGCCCUGUGCCACAUCCCAGCCAGAUGAGACCAGCUGUACCAGGAACGUUUGGUCCCCUGCGCGGAUCAGAUCCAACAAAACUGUAUGGCUCACCGCGAGUGCCAGAGCCCCAUCCUGGAGACCCGGUUCAGCAGCACCAGCACUUUGCCAUGCAGCCGGCCGUGGGACUGAGCGAGCACCGUGGGCACAGGCUGGCUGCCCCUGAGAAGCAGGUGUGUGCAGGGCCGACCCACGUCACCGGCCUCGGACCCCGUCCUGGCACCCUGCAGCUGGGGCGUGUGAGCGGCCCCCCUCCGGACACCGUCUACCCACCAGCCCAGUUCCAGCAGGGCUUCCUCCCUCCGAGGCACAACGGGCCUCCGGUGAGGCCACCAGAAGGCUCAGAGGUGCCCCCUGGACAUAUGUACCGGCCCUACAAGUAUCUGAACCGCGGGCACCCGGCCCUGUGGAAUGGCAGCCACAGUGCUGCCAGCCAGGGUGCUGUGGGGCCAGAGGAGAAGGCACCCAUGGGGCCAGCGCCCUCGCUCCAGCCCCGUGCCAUCAGCCAUAUGAUGGAGCCCCGGGCCUUACGGCCUCCUCUGCCUCCCAGCCAGUGGACUGAGCAAUCAAACUUCCUACCUCACGGGGUGCCUCCCUCAGGGUAUAUCAGACCACCCGGAAAAGCCGCAGGCCAGAAGAUGCCACAGCCACCAGCUGCUCUGUUCGGGGGACCGGCUCAGGUUCAGAGGGGGUGCCAGGGUGGGGACUCGAUGAUGGACAGCCCAGAGAUGAUCGCGAUGCAGCAGCUGUCCUCCCGUGUGUGCCCGCCGGGCGUGCCUUACCACCCUCGCCAGCCGCCCCCGCCACACCUCCCAGGACCCUUUCCCCAGCUGGCUCACGCUGCCUCUGCCGGCAUGCCACCCCCCAAGCUGGUCAUGGGGAACGGGAGCUCACAGGAUCAGACCAUGGAGCCGGAGAGCAACCAAGUGGAGCCACAGGCGGGCGUGGAGGAGAAGGCUCAGUGCAUCGGCAUUCCCGACGGGGCCUAUGCCAAACUCCUACCUCAUCCCAAGCCACCCCUGCCCAUGGAAUGCACCCGACAUGCCUUGCCCCCAGAGGAGGGGGACAGCUCCGGCCUGAAGAGCGACCUGAAGGCAGGGCAGAGCAAGGGUGCCUGGUCGGCUGAGAGCAGCUAUGCUGGCCCACAGGGCUGCGUGAGGGACCUGGCGCCCGCCUCUGAGCAAGGGGGGCCCGUGCCCGAGAACGGGGCAGCGGGUGAGGGGCCGGCGGAGGGGAAGGGGCUGGCCGCCAGCCUGAUGGAGAAGCCCCUCUGCGGCGGGGGGAAGGCUUUGCCCGAAGCAGCCGUGCCUUGUAUGGGGCAGGGCACUGGCCUCCCCACCAUGGACACCAGUGCCGUGGGGGCUGCCCCCAACCAGUUCCACCCUCUUUACAUGCCUGGUCUGGAGUACCCCAAUUCGGCCGCACGGUACCACAUCAACCCAGGGCUGCAAGGCUUCAGCCCGGUGAUGGGCGGGAAGCCUCCCCCCGUGUCCCACCCACAGCAUUUUCCUUCGCGGGGCUUCCAGCCGAGCAAUGCCCACCCCGGGGUCUUCCCCCGCUAUCGGCCCCACCAGGGCAUGCCCUAUCCCUACCAGCCCCAGCCUCAACCUUCCUACCACCACUACCAGCGACCGCCCUACUACGCCUGUCCGCAGGGCUACUCGGACUGGCAGAGGCCUCUGCACCCCCAGGCCAGCCCCAGUGGUCACCCGCCCCUGGCCAGACCCCCGUUCUCCGACAGGGGGAAUGUGAGCAGCUUGCAGGGCUGUGAGGCACUGAGUGCUGCCCUGGCUUCUCCCAACCGCAUGGACAUAGCGAGUGCCAAAGAGGUUUCUCCGAGCGACGGGCAGGAUCUGGGGCCUGAAGAUGAGAAGUCUGAGGAAUCUCAGGAGCGGCCAGAGAGUCCCAAAGAGUUCCUUGAUUUGGACAACCACAACGCGGCCACGAAGAGGCAAAGCUCAGUGGCAGCGGGAGAGUUCCUCUACGGAGCUCCCCCGCCUCACCUGGGUUCGGGAAUGGGAUUUGGGCCAUCGGCUUUCCCUCCCCACGGGGUAAUGCUACAGACUGGCUCUCCCUAUGCAUCCCGGCAUCCCGCCAGCCAUUUCCAACCCAGGACAUAUGGAUCGCCCAUGAAUGCCCACCUGUCUCAUCAUCAUCCAGCCUCUGGCCAGGCCAACGGCCUCUCUCAGGAGGGACCCCUGUACCGCUGCCGGGAGGAGAACAUAGGUCACUUUCAGGCCUUGCUGAUGGAGCAGAGAGGCAGUGGAGGUGGCAUGGGGGGGCCACCCCAGGACUUGUAUAGAUCAUCGGGAAUGCAAAUGCAUCAGGCUCAAGUUCCCUUCCCGAAGAUGCCUACAGCAACCAUGUCCCGGGAAGAUCUGACGCCACAAAAACCAUCAGCAUUGCCUCUGGAUCAAAGCUAGUCCAAGGAAGGAAGGACCUCAAGAAGACGAAAGCCACACGUGAUUUGGACAAGGGGGAGGAGGGGCAGGCCUUCCUCCCACCCUCCCCUCACCCAAGCAGCACGUAGCUUCUCAGGUCGAUGGAGCAUGGUGCCACGGCGGCUUUUGUGUUGGAAACCUGGAGCGGUGCAGGGCCCCAGCCGGCCGAGCAGCUGGCUCGCCACCACAGGGCGAGCAUCGCCAAACUAGUGGCUUUCCGUGACCGAAGACUGCGUCUCGUUCAGGGUUUGAGGGAUUUUUGGGGUGGGGAGGGCGGGGGUGGGGGCUGAAACUUUCAUUGACUGCUAAACUCAGGUAUAUUUUUCAGGGUGGAAGAGGACGAUGAUGGAAUUUUACUUGUAGUAUUAACGUGUGUGUUUUGGAGCUGGAUCCAGUUUACAGAAUUUAACCUGUUGCCUUUUUAAAUAAAUUUCUGUUGUUGGUGAAUGUAUUGUACAUAAUGGGGGAGGGGGUGGGCCCAGCUUGUAGUGGGCUUAGCACUGGAGGAAUCCUUAACUGUUUACAAUCAUAUCACACUGAAAUCUUUCAGGAUAAGGGUGAGGGUUUCGUGGGAGUGGGGAGAGGUGAGGGAACAUGCAAUGGAUGACUUGCUGUCCUCUGCAACUGAGACACCAACUGGUAAUUGUUUGACUGAAUAGCAGGAAUUGCUCAGGGGCAUAACACGUCGUCCUCUUUCUCUUCUCCUCUUCUUCCUUCCCCUCUCACCCCUGCCUCCACCCCUCUGGAUCCAGGGCCUGAGUGCACUUCCAGCUCCCUGUCAUCGUGGGGGAACAAGGAAACCAGGACCAGGAAUUGAAACCAGGACAGGACACUCAUGGCAUUGUCCCUUCUGUUAGCGUAGUACCCUCCUCCCUGCCUUUCUUGUAGGAGUAAUUUAUGCUCUAGAAAACAGAAAAUGGCACAAUUGGUCAUCUUAGACUUCUUUCAGUGAAACCAGUGCAGCUGGGUGUGGAGCAGCACCUGUCCAGCAGAACAAAUGUGCAGAUCUGUACCUCUCCCUGCCCGAGGAGGGGAACCAAGUCCCUCCUUUCUUUCUCUUUCCUUGCCUAUUUUCACCACUUAGCAGCAGCAAAGCAGAAACCACACCAGGAUUCCUGACAGCUCUCAGUUGCUUGUGAAAGUAGGAGCAUAAGGCUGCUUUGGGGGAUGGUUUGUUUGCUAGUGUGAGCUGUUUGUUGGCCAGCAUAGUUGGGCUUGGUGUUUACAAGAAGCCAGUGAUUCAGAAAGCACUGAUUUUGAAAUCAGAUGUUGAGGUGGAAUAGCUUGGGCAGUGAGUGAUGAGAGAGCUGUGUGCUUGAGUUGAGUCAGUUUACCUCCAUUGUUUUUGAUGUUGCAGCAGCAAGUACCACGGGGCCAGUGGCAGCUUCCAUCAAAGGCAAUACUUGGUUUGCAGGCACUUUUCACCAGCAGCAGCACUGCACGGGGAACGCCUCAUUGACAAAUCAGUUCAGUAUUUCUCCAGCUAUUUAUCCAUAUCUUGAAACUAGCACAGCUGAAUAUUCUUGGGGGAGCCGGGGUAAAGCAAGAUGGAGUUGCUACACUGUAAGACUGGGCAGCAAGGUCUGUUGGACCAGAGCCCUAGUGCAGGCUGGCUCUGGAAGGACAGCGUUGUAUAUAUAUAGUUAAGAAGGACGUGCCAAUGUGCUGGCCAUAUUGUGCUUGCAGGAGCACAAGUGGCAGCGGAAGUGAGCACGUGAGGACAAAGCAGUAUGCCCUUUGGUCAGCAGUACCAGCCAGGGGAAGGUUUUAUUCUCCAAGUUUCUGGAGAAUUUUUGACUGCUCCAUCACCUUGGAUGGUGCUUUCACCCCUAUUAACUGGAUUGCACUAGCAUGCACGGCCACACCACCUUUGUCCUGCUGUGUAUAUCGACCAUGUGCUGGCACAGUUGUUCGAGCAAAUGGUAGGUAGCAUCUGACUGAGCCAUUACUCCUUCUGUCCUCAGCUUCUGGAAACACAAAAGGCCUAGAAGAUGAGAAAUGAUCUUUCUUGAAAAAGAAAGAGGAAAGACUGAUAUAUUAGUGCCACCCUUACAAAUGAGUCUCAGUCCCUGUUGCUACAGUUUUGCCUCUGAUGAGCUGUGUAGAGCCAAGGCAUUUUCCAAGCCUGAGAGGAGUUAAACUUCUUCAUGCUAGUCCCACAAAUGUGUUUAUAGAUUCACUUCUCCUUACUCACUGCUGCAGCUAGCCUGUGAACUACAGCUGCUCUCUGUUCAGUCCAGUGAGUUGCCUGGCUUAGCAGGCUCCUGCCAAAAAGAAGAUUUCAGCAUAAUGUCAAUUACUUUACUAAAAGGAGAUUUUUUUUCCCUGUUAGUGUUCAUCAGUCAGGGAACAGCUGUCACUGGUGGAUUGGUAUAAACUGGAAUAGAUAAUCCUGAAGGUUGUCCUUGGAGUGAGAAGCUGGUAACUGCUCUACCUGGCCAAGAACUAUGCUGUGGCUGAUCUGAGUUUGUCCCAGAUCUGAGGGUCUACUGCUGGCUUAUCAGUUGGCAGUGGAUUUUCAGAGGGGCCCCAGCUGCUAGGAAAUGCAAGUCUGGGUUUAGCCUUUCCUUCACUGAAGCAGUAAUAGGUAUUUAUGAAAAGGCAUGCAAGUAUAACUGCUAUUCAGGCCAAUAAACCUGGGACAAAUGAGAAAACUAUUGCAUCUCUUUUUCAAGCAAUCUUUACUUUAUUUGGUUCGUUUUCACUAAAAACGGAAGAACUGUGAAAUAUAGCUUGUAGCAAAGUAUUUGAAAUUCUGGAAAUGUGAACAUAGAUUCUGCAAACAACCCUUGCCAUACUUCAGCCUGUGUCUUCUGUAUCACGGACAGCUACUCAAAUAUUUGAAGUGCCUUUCAGCUCGUUGUCAGCUUUGUGGAACAGGAGGUUUUGAAGCUAUACAAAAUGAACAAGCCAAAGCACUCUUGGUCUUCAGCUGGAACCAGCACUGAAAACAUGCUUCUAGUGGUCAUGGCAUUUGGAUGAGUACCAACCCUAGAUCAAAACAGGAGGAAUAAGAAAGGCAGGAAUUGCUUGUGGCCUGUGCAGAGAGGGUAGUGGAGUGUUAGACAACGAUAGAUACUGUGAGGAUCCUACGUGGAGUAUGAGAUGUGAAGGUAUAGUCCCUUACCUGACCUAAUGGAAAACCGGGGAGGAGGUGACUUGCAGAGGGUAGGUGAAACGGUAGUGAAACUGACUCCCUCCCCUUGGGAGGUUUUCUAGGUAAAAGGCUUUUGAUGUAGUUGGUAAUUCUUAUUAAAGCGACUAACAAGCUGCUAUUGGGAGGACACAUGGUUUGUAUUAGAAAAGUACUAAUGUAGCGUAGGGGGAACUAUGGCUGGGCUGUGGGGACAUCCUGGGGACAGGGCAUGCUCAGAUCAAGAGCUGCUUGUGGAACCUUAGCUCUGAGUUUCCAGACUUUCAAAUGCUUUGUUCAUAAAUGUUUUGUGGGUUUGUUUUUUUUGGUUUGGUUUAGUUGAUUUUGUUUGUUUGUGAUUUUGUGAUGACAUUGAGGCAUCCCCCAAAAAUGAGAGCUCUAUCUCGCUAGGUACAAUCUGAACAAACCACUGAAAAUUUGCACCCCUCAAAUCCCCCAGGGACUGGGAGCAGAUAGCUAAGGUAGAACAAAAGCAAAAGUACCCGGAGAGAAGCAGAAAACAUGAAUUUCAUUGUUUAUGGUUUCCUAACCUAUGCUGUGCAGGAUGAUUUGUAGAUAUUGUGAAAGAGACAGGUUUAAGUAGAGAUUUAGAAGAGAGGAAUGGCAGCCCUUUAGGCACAGGAUGGUACUUUUUUCCCAUAAGUUGGUGUUACAGUGCAGGAACAAGGGAACUGCGUUUUAAAAUAUCCUUGCUUUUGACUGUUGUAUUUGCAUCACUCUCUCAAAUAACAUUUUAACAGAAUAUAGAGAUAUUCUGGACUCUGAUUGGAACCCCUCUUUCUCAUCCCCCAGCGUUGUUGUAAUAUAGUAUAUUACCAGUUGGACCCUUUUCAGAAAGCAUACUGAGCUAGUGACUUUGCAAAGUUUCCUUACUUUUCCCAUAUGGAGGAUGUGUUUUGCUGUAAUUAUGGAUAUACAUGUUAAACAAGGCUGUAUAAUAGGAAGAACAAAUACGAUGCCGAGCAUGCCAAAAGUUCCCAGUAUUCCCAGAGCAGCUUUGUACUUGUCUUCUGGCUUUUCAGCCUCUCGCUCUUCCCACCACCUCUGUCUUUGCGAGUGGCGUGUGGUGUUCACAGGCUCCCUGGGUGCUCGAUUGUCAUUAUAAAUGCCAUUGUAUAAGCUUCCCCUGGGACUCUGGUGGCUUUUGACAUCUUGAGCACUACAGACCCUGGCAAUUCAACUAAGUAUUUUAAGAAGGUCAGUAGCUCAGGCUUCACAGUGAUUUUUAGCUGUGUCCAGCAGAAGCUUGCAGUUUAUAAAUUCCAUGGUGUGACCCACCAAACCACUUGGUAGCAGUCCAAGACACCGGUCUGCAAUGAGGAGGACAAAAGAGGAAAGUAAAUUUGAAGUUUCAAGGCCCAACUGGCUUGAUUUGUGACUCUGAAGUACAUGAAGACACUUUUCUUGGAAGAGCUUCUAAUUCCUUCUCGUCUGCCAAAUGCCUUUCCCAUGCAGACUUUCUGAAGCAAAUCUCCUGUGUAUAUUUUUGUAAGUGUGGUUUCUCAGGGUCUUGGAGAGCUAUCAGCUUGAUGUCUUAUCUGAAAGCUAGUCACAGAGGCUGCCUUUCAUUCUGCUGACUGAGGCAGUUUCCCUGCAGCUCCUUUCUCUUUACACCCCAACACUUCUCCAUUUAAAAUGAAAGUAUAAUUAGACAACGACCUGCAUUUUUCUCUUCUGCUGAUCUCUGUCAGUCUUCAGUGCAUCUCUGCAUGGAGCCAGGGUUAUUGCUUUGCUCUCUGUGGCUUUGCUCGGUGUUUGUUUCCCAAGGAGACGCCUCGGUGUUGCGCUGUGGAGUUUUGGAGAAGGUGCCGCAGUACAUGAGGGGAAGCAGAGGAGUCGGCUCUGGCAGAAUUCCUGUUUUGCUUUAAGGCCGGUGCUGGUGGUUGAACAGCAGGUGUGUGAGUGCCGUAUCCUUUCUGCACGGCCGAGGUUGAGAUAGCAGGCUAUGAAAGUGGUGUUGCAGCUGCAGGCCAUGUGACAAGCUUUAAGAGCAUGUGCUUAUUGUAACCAAGAAAGCAUCUCAAACAUUGACCUUCCAGCCUUUCCCCAUCUGUACCUGUUUAACAUACAGAUGGGGGUAGAGCACACUCUGGCUUGGCAGGACCCCUGCCGCCCAUGCGGAAGGAAAACGCUUUUAACCAGCACAUAAUGAACUAAGCGUUCUGGUGUUCACUCUGCUGCCCACCUCCCUCCAGCACACUGCUCUGAAAAGGCGUUGGGGGGACCCUUUGGAUAGGAGCUGCUGGGAUGGCAAGAGCAAAGCUCAGUCUGCCCCUAGAGAAGAUAAUUCAGGAUGGUUGUAUGUAUUUGAAGCUAGGAGGUAACAUCCAAAUGCUCCUUCGAAGCGCAGGAGUAGUGAGCUGCGUGAUGCUGUGCCCUUCUUGGCUGCUGUCCUGCCUUUGCUCACAUGCGGUAUUUGAGAGACCAUGGAGCGCUUUGUGGUUUUACUGCAGCUGGCCUUGUAUUCACUUGGGUUUUUUCUCCUUAUUCUGCAAUGGUGGCCUAGAUUUCUUUUGGAAAAAGUCUUCCUCUUUUUGAAAAGUAGGAUAUCAGAGGACAGUGCAUCCAGGAGCCAGUGAGAGAGAGCUACAUCUAGCAGUGGAAGAGGGGACGAAGGACUAAUUAGGGCUAAGGAAUAAUUGGGAUUGUCACCGGUUCUAGCAGGUGCCUCUGUCCUUUGCCUCUUUAUUUGGAAACACAUGGCUCACUGGCAGAAAGGUAGGAAUUGGAAAAAUCUAAGUAGAAGUGACACUUAGUGACGCUUAUUAGUGUGUGGGCAAAAUUCCAUUGCGGUGGACAAAGUUGAGCCAGGUGGCUGUGACAGGCUCCUUUGGCCUUCAGACGAGUGAGGGGCAGCAGACACCUCAUGCAUCGAGCACUGCCUAGCAUGUCAGAGGAGCCACCUCCCCUUCCCAAGCUAGUCAGGCAGCCACAGGAGCUUGGGCCUCAGCUUUUACUCCGGAAAGUCCUCUGGUCGCCCUUCGUGUCAUGCUCCGACGUUUCCCCUCUCCUCGCUUUCUUCCCCUCUGCUCGCUUUGCUGCGGUCAGUGGCUGUCAGAUGCGGAGCUGAGAGCUCGCUGUCCAGGGCAGGGCAGGCGGCUGAGCUUGCCAGCUGUCUCUGCAUAUGCAUGUAGGAAGCAGGCGGGGAGCACACGUUGCCCUCCUUGUGACGUGAAGGUGUCCUCGGUGGCUAAGCAGCGUUCCCCUGCGUGCGCCCGGGGUUCACCACCCUGGAAUGGCGAUGUCUGUCCCCCUGCCAGCACAAGGACCUGCUCCCGGCCCUGCUGCGGGGAUCCCGCGUGCAGUGGCGCUGUGGCACGGGACCCUGCCAUGUCUACCUCCAAGGUGGCUUUGGUUAAAAAUACACACUGUGUACAGCCCUGAAACCUGUUACCUCUCUUCCUCGCUAGCUCAACAAACACUGCUGCCUGAUUUUCCUGAGCAAUAAUAAUGUGCAGCGGUGCAGCUUCGACCUUCCCCUGCUGUGUCAGGGAGAGGACGGCCAUAAAAUGCGCUGCGGGACUCCCGAGUUCUCUGGGGGAGCAAGGUGCUUCCCGUUGCCUUCCCAGUGGCUGUCAGGUUGAUUUAGGUGGCCAGGAGAGAGCCGGUCACUCUCCUGCGGGUGGGAAGGGAGCAAGCUGGAGCUGAGCCUUGUCCGUAGCCUGGGUUCAGAGCAGGUAGGAGAGGGGUGGGCGCACCCCGGAGCGACCCACUGCUGUUUGACUUGGCGCUGGGCAGGAGGCAGCGGGCGCCUGUGCCACUACGUCUGUUCUUCUGCAGUUGGGUGGUGAUGGGUGGUUGGGUUUGUUGUUUUUGUUUUGUAUUAUUGUAAGUUUGUAAAGAAUGUAAUCUGUCUGUCAGGGGCUUGAGGAGGAAAUGGGGGCCUUUCUCGUUCAGGGUGAGGCUGUUCUUACAUUGCUGUGGGUUUUGUUGCUGGUGGGGAGGGGCCCAGCAGCCACGGGGGAAAAAGCUUGACCCCAUCAACUGAUCGCAGCUAUCCCAGGGCACCAGGAGGGUGAGCAGGCGCUGCAGCAGAGACGAGUCCCCCCAAGCUGUGAAAACCACCCCUGCCUGCAUCCUUCGGCGGGGGGGAUCUGCCCUGGGGUCAUCUUCUGGCUGCUGGGACGUCACGCCCGAGGGCUGGUCCUGCUCAUCUUCGGCUCAGGUAGAAACCCGGCUUGCCAGCUGCCCGUGCUGCUGAGCCAAGAAAAGGCCAGGUUGGGAGGCGCACAUUUCUGCAUGCAAGAACAAAUUUGGGCUGGAGCUGCUGCCCCUGCCAUCACCCUGCUCCUUGCUCUCACCCCCUGCCUCCCUCCCCGUCCCGUAGAGCACAGUGUCAGGGAUCCUCUUCUCUCUCCUGCUGCUGCAAAGUUGUGUGAACUUUCCUGGUCAAUACUGGAAAGGGGAAUGCUAUUUAUUUUUAUAUUGUGUAUAUUUUGUCUUGGUCUGCUGAUUACCUUUGUUCCCCAAGAGCGACAGUUACCUCAAUAGUUAGUUUAAUACUGUGUGUUGGGUAAUUUUUUUAAAGAACUUUUUUAAAAGCUUGAUCCUUGGAGGUCUGUAGAUUUUAUUUCCAUAUGAAUUGGUUAUUUUGUAUAAAGUACAUUCUUAAAAUAGCGAUCACCCUUGCUGUGCGUG